CUUAUCAACUCUCGUUGCUGUAUAUCCAUGUGACACUCACUCUUGUUGUAUAAUCUCCGCAUCCUCGUCGAUCUCGAUCCGGCGUGAUCAGGGCCCAUUUUCUUGGUGAGGACCAUCGUGUUUGUGGCGCAAAUCCGUGGAGCUUGAUGACUCACCCAGAAAUGAGUCCACUUUGGACCAGCGUGGCAAGCUGCUGAGUAGGCAAUUCGAGUGGUGUGCUUUGCACUGCGCUUGUACCAGAAGAGAUGGGCUCAGAAGCUUCAGAGUUGAUUGAGUUCCACAUUACUGGGUUCAGGAAAUUCCAUCUAGUUCCUGAAAAUCCAACAGAGAUACUAGUUGGCAAGAUCGAAGAGUACUCGAGAAAGCAUGGGAUGGCCCCUGGCACACAACUUGGAAGUUGCACUGUCUUGGAAACUGCAGGUAAGGGUGCCCUGGAUCCCUUGUUGCAAUUACUCAGCUCAUCCCACGAGGAGAUUGAAAAGCCCUUAAUUAUGAGUGCUGGAGCUUCAGGAGACGUAAAGCUGGGUGGUGGUUCAUUGUCCGUUCCUCCAAAGCGCAUCGUCUGGGUUCAUCUUGGUGUGAAUAUUGCUUCUAAUAAUUUUUCUGUAGAACGGCGUGCUGUGAAUGAAGCCACAUUUGGUUGUUCCGAUGAACUUGGUUGGCAACCUCAGCGAGUGCCUAUUGUUCCAGAAGAUGGUCCAACAUCUUUUAUUCGUGAGACAACGCUACCAAUAAGGGAUAUUGUGAGCGCCUUAUCCAAGGAGGGGUUCAAUGUGAUGGAGUCUUACGAUGCUGGCCGCUUUGUCUGUAACUAUGUAUAUUAUCACUCAUUGCGUCAUGCGCAAGUGAGUGGUGUGAAGAGUCUCUUUGUUCAUGUGCCUUCAUUCCAUUUUAUCAACCAGGAAUGUCAACUGGAGUUCAUUGCUGCUUUACUCAAGGUGUUGGCGAUGUUCUGCUGAAGGCUUUCCAGAAGUCAUACAGGAGCAGGCCCUAACUCAUAAUGUCCAAAUACUGCUCUGUAUUGAGCACCUCUGAAGAUUGUACAAAAUGAGAGACAGAUUGUUCACGGGGGCUUAGAUGGAGACAUGUUAGAAAUGCACGUGCCAAUUAUGGCUGGACAAUUGACGUUUUAUGAAUACGGUAUCACCCAACUUUGCUCAUUGCUUAGAUGCUGUGGGUGAGUAAGAUUAUCCUGCUUCUCUAAUGUGUGAUGUUCCCAAAGUAGGACGAUUGGAACCAAUGAAGCUUGUGCUUAAUAUCAUCUCAUUCAUGCUACUAAUGUGCAGUUGUUGGAACGUAUAAAUUAUUACUGCUAUUAUCUA